AUGUACAAAAAUGCUGUCGCUAGGAUUCAAAAGACAGUAAUAUGUCUGGUAACACGGCCAUUGUUAGGAUUGACGAAGCCUGAUGCAGGUCGUACUUAUCAUUUUUAAAGAAUAUGUUCUUCAUUCCACUAAUAAUCUAUUUCCGAUAUGUUACUUGCCAGAGACUACACUGUGCCAUAUUUUACGUGAUACUAUCAGAUCAGCAAGUGUUUUUAAGAAUGUCUUUGUAUUUAGUUAAAGAUUUGUAUAUUGUUGUGAAAGUUUCUUUAGUGUUUGUGAGUCAUUCUAUAAUUAGGGGUACAUGUCAUGUCCAUGUAACUUACUCUAUUAUCAAUUUUACUUAUUUUUCAUUAACAUUACACUUCAAGCAAUGAUGACUUUUUUAUAUCAGGGGACAUUUCUAAUUCAUUUACUACAAAAAUACAACAAAUACCCAUCUUUUAUCUGGCAAAAAUGGCAUAUUCUAUACUAGAAUUUGCCGUUUUUUUGCUGUCCGAUUUGAUCAAUGUAAGGUUUUACUCUUCAGUUUAGCUCUAAAAUACAUGUGUCUGUAUCCAUUUCUUAUAAAUAUUUGUCCAAAACAAUCAUAAAAUUAUGAGAUAUGAGAAAUAUUUUGCUCAUGCAUCUACAUUAAAUCAUCCAUUUUGUGUAUGUCCGAGAAAUCAGUGGGUGCAUCUCAAUUCUUAUUUGUGCAUCCUCGUUUCCUUUCCUCGCUUCCUUUCCUCGCGUCUUAGCUCCACCCCGUCAGGAUGCGAGGGAAGGGAACAAGGAAAAGAAGGGAGGACCGAGGAAUUAAAAGAAGUGAAAUGGCAUAUCCUUGCUCCCUUUAGCGUCACUUCAAAGCGUCGUCAAUUAAUGAUGACUGUACACAUUGCACGUUGAAAAUAUAAAAAAUAAAGUUAAAUACAUACUUUAGGUAGAUUCCAUGCUUAAAAGUGUUCAAAAAUGUAUAUAAGGUUUAUCAAAUAUAUGUUAUACAUAACUAUAUUAAUAUAUUAACUUUAACUAUACUGUCUAUAGGUAUACAUUUACAAAAAAGCGUAAUUAUCACAUUUAUGCAUGUUUGAAUAUGAUUUAAAGAUAUGACGAUGUGCAGGGGCAGGAGAAUAAUGUGCACGUCAGGUUUAGUGGAUAAAACACUUCCGCAAAGGAAACACAUGUGUAUCCUCGCUCAUGACUCCUCAGGCCUUCUCUCGCCUCCAUCCUCGCCUCCUCCCAGUGCAAUUAGAGAAUUGAGACGUCCUUAAAGAUGGCUGAGCUCGAUCGGUUUCCGGGUCAUAGGAUGGAGGAGCGAGGAAACAAGGAGGCAUAUUGAGAAGCACCCGGUGUCAACCAUGUUACUCCCUAUAAAUCAGCAAUGGUUUGUUACAAAGUCACAUGUCCAACAUCAUUUGAUGUAAUUUCCUUUUUUGGAGGGAAAUUUGAAGACACAUAUUAUUUAACCCAUUUAUCAAUAAUUUUUGAUAAAUUAUUUUUAUUUAUCAAAAGAAGAAUACUGAUUUUCUGACUUUUUGGCUGACCUGAAAUGUACCCCUAAAUAUAGAAUGACUCUUGUGCAGUCAUGUCUCCUGUCCCUCCAACAGCUACUCUCACAUACGACUCUUUGCACUUUGGUGAGAUCGAAGAUUUCCCAGAGACCAUAGAGCCUGUCUGGAUUUUAGGAAAGCAGUUCAGCGCACUAACAGAGAAGGAUGAAAUUCUGACUGAUGUCACCUCACGUUUGUGGUUAACCUACAGAAAGAACUUCCAGCCAAUCGGUGGCACUGGGCCUACUUCAGAUACUGGCUGGGGCUGCAUGCUUCGAUGUGGACAGAUGAUUCUUGGGGAGGCCUUAAUUUGCAGGCACUUAGGCAGAGACUGGAGAUGGAAUCCAGGUCAGCGGCAGAGGUCGGAAUAUAUCAGUAUUCUCAAUGCUUUUAUUGACAAGAAGGACAGCUAUUAUUCCAUCCACCAAAUAGCUCAGAUGGGUGUAGGUGAGGGCAAGUCUAUUGGCCAAUGGUAUGGUCCUAAUACAGUGGCACAGGUACUCAAGUAAGUUGCCAGAUGACUUUUGUCAUUUAAGUAUAACACCAGUUUCACACCGCACGUGUAAGCAGUGCAUAAUUUU